CAUGACCUAUGACGAACCUGGAGAGAGCUUCAUGGGAGAGCUGGAAAACAGAGGCGAUAGCUUGAACAAACGAUUUGAAAUCGACCUCCCUUCUUUUCAGUUCUGCUCGUUUCUUAGAGUCUAUUGAAGAAAAUACGAGCCUCACAACUGUGCUUCGAAAGACUAUCUGGUUCAACUGAAAUUCAAGCAUUUCACUUGCGCCUCUGAACGCUCGAUAUCAAACCGAGCCAAAAGCAGACCUUCCCAGCAGGGACCACACGCAACCGAAGACGACAAGGCAGGCAGAACCCCGGACAUGUCCUCCGAGGCCCUCCCCAUCUCGCCGGGCCGCUUCGCCGAGGCCAUCCGGGACCUGCCGCUCGCGAGCCUGCACCUCAAGGUUCUGGAGCUGCGCAACUCCAUCGCCCACCUCGACUACUCCAACGAGCAGCUGCGGCCCUUUGCCGAGGGCGUCGCGCCGUCCUUCGGCCAGGACCCGGCCGUGCCGUCGGUUCCGGACCGCGACUGCGCCGACGCCAUCGCCGAAAACGAGACCGUCAUCGCCCGCAUGGCCGAGCGCGUCCGCCUCGUCCGCGCCGAGGUCGAGCGCCGCGGCUGCAGCUGGGCCGAGUUUGAGGAGUCACCCGCCAAGGAGGAGGAGGAGGAGGAGGAGGGCGCUGGUUCUACCGCUGCCGACGCAGAGACUACCACGCCCGCUGCUGCUGCUCCCGCCGUCAACGGCACGGCCGCCGCCCCCCGCGCCCCCGCCGACACGAGCGGGCUAUCCGAGGCGUGGCGGGACGGCACCAUCCAGAUGGGCGUCAUCAGGAACGGGCAGAUCCACAUGGACGGCGACGCGCCGCCGCCCGCGGCCGCGCGGCCUAGUGCGGGCGGCAGCCUGACUGACGAGCAGCUGCGGCGGGCGCUGGAGGAGCGGAUGCGGCUUGCACAGGAGGAGGGCCAGGAUGAUACCGAUGGCGCGGGCCUCCAUCUCUAACCGUUCUCUGCACUACUCUUCCGCCUCCUCUUCCGCCUCCUCCUCUGCUCCUCUUCAUUUGCUGCUGUUUACGAGGUGCCGGCGUUUUGCGUUGGAGUAGGGACAAGGACCUGCAUUUCCCGAGGUCGGGGCCGCUGAAGGCUGGAGACAAGGGCGUGAUAUUGUCUAGCCCAUGUUGAAAAUCACACCAUAAAUACCCUAUAUGGUUGUUCAACCUGAGCGAGCAGCCUUGGCACGAUGGAUAUCUAAUCUCCAAAGUCACCAGCGGAUGUCACCCGCGGAAGCUGCUCGUUGGCUUGGCCAUUCGAAACAUGGUUAUGUUUUCGGCCGUCGUUUCCGUAUUCCAAAGUCCCGAGCCGCGUUCGGGCUAGCGCAAAGUUCCAGAUAUGGUGCCGCUGAGGCUGAAGAUGCAGAAGGAUUCCAGCUAGUGCAGCACGACACGCCCGGCGGCAUACCUAGAGUCUCGGGUUAAGAAAGGAGGACCAAGCCGUGGCUGGGCGAUAUUAAAUUAUCAAAACAAAAAUAGAGAGAACCAAAACAAUGACAUGGCGAGAUUUCCAAGAAAGCAACUUGUAUCCAUCGCAGCCCGACUCAACCCAUGCCUAUGCAGCUUUGAU